UUAAUAUUAGAUGAAUUCCCAAGGGCCUUACGGCAGACCUUUGCAACCAUGUGGGACAACACCUAUGGAGGUCUUCCUAGUUUCCGGCUCUGGGAUGAUUCAACUGCUGUGAGAAAUUUGUUUGCCACUACAGAGGGCGGUAAGACUAAAGUUUCUAUUCACCAGUCUUACAAUGAAUGGGAUUGCACCAAUCUGUUCCAGGCUACAAUAUUUGCGCAGUCUUUUGCCCCACCAGCCAGCACAGGAUCCUACACCACGCUCAGUGAUUUUUACGUGAAACCCCGUGCGGUAUCUCAUGGUAGUUUCCACGCUUGUGUGCUCAGCCGGAGUGGAAACAAUGAGGAAACCUUGGCACUUGCCAUAGAUCAGCUUCGUCGCCUUAGGAAUUCACUGUGUCACUCAACAAGUUCGAAGAUGGACAAACUGACCUUUGACCAGCGCGUGAGUUACACCAAAGACGCCUUUAAAGCCCUUGGUGUCCCGACAGCCACAAUUGACUUAGUUGGAAGUUUGACGGAGUCCGACUUCCCCACGAAUGAAGUUCGUAGAUUGGAAGUUGGAAUAAGAGAAGAGACUCGAGCGUAUAUCAAAUUUCUCGAGGAUGUAAGCUCAGAUAUCAGCGAGAUUAAAGAGUCGUUAAGUUUUUUAAAGAGUGCAAAGAGAGGAGAUACCGAAAAUAUCACAAUAUUGGAAAACAAGAUGAAAGAAAUGAAAGAAGCCCAAGAAACAUUUGACGCUGAGAACAAGCAAAAGUAUACCGCGAUUCUCGAGGGUGUAAGCUCAACUAUCAAUACUUUAAAGAACAAAGUUCAAGAAAAUACUGCUAGCAGAGAAGACAUUUCAAGGUUGGAAAAGAGAAUCAGUGAGUUGAAAGAAGGACAAGAUGAACGUUAUGCCCAACCAAAAACUUCAGGUAAAAUAUAUCAAGCAAUGAAACCUAUGCCUAUGUUCACACUACAUAGGCAAAACGUAAAAACCACGAUUUCACGACAGAAAAACUAACAUCCAUCACUCGUCAGAUAUGGGAUGUUUAUUACCUUUCAUGAUUUGUUUUUGCUUUCUGUAUUCUUGUCUAAUGUUUGUCGUCUUUUAUACUGGGAAGGAUGUAACAUGUUUUCAAUGACUCCCCGGAUGUGAUGAUGUUUUAGGGCUAUAUGCAAUCGUUGUUACAGUAGUAGUGAUUUCAUGAGAUUUGAACGUCUGUUUUGUCCUAAUAAUAAGCUUGUUUACCAUGUUUAUCACUCCCGUUUUUGCAAUACAUCCGAUCAACUGUUUUUAAUUCCAUGACAGGUUAUAACCGGCAUCUUUAUAGUAGGCAGGUUGGAUAUUUAGCAAGUGCUUUCUGGUAAUUCUUACGUCCGUUCUUUUUUUGCCAUAAAAGGUAUGAGGUCAUCGCUACUAGCAGCUUCCCUUCCCUCAAUGGUUCCUAAUUUUACUGGGCGUCAGGGCGAGUGUGAGAAGAUCAUCAGCCACGUGACUUCCGAGUCUAUCCGACUGGUGUCGAUUUGGGGUUCACCUGGAUUUGGAAAGACUUCGGUUGCAAUUGCUGUGGGACACGCACUCCAGUCUCAAGGACUGCCUGUAUUCUGGGUCUCAUUACGAGGACUCCGUUCUAAAGAAGAUCUAGUUUCAAAGUUUUUGGGCUUUCUUAGGCAACCGAAGUCAAAGAAAAAACCGUCAGGUCAGUGUCUACCCAUCGAUGAUGAUCUUUUCCAGCUAUUCAGCGAAUUGUCAAAACCAUCUGUAUUUAUUCUUGAUAAUGCCGAUGAUUUGCUAGAAAGUAGUUGCCUGAAAGUAAAGGAAGAGGUUAUACGAGUUCUUGAGGAAAUUCUCAGGCAAGAUCAAAGGGUUACAUUCGUUGUAACUACAAGGGAGUCCCUUGAAUUUAUGGACGUUCAUUUUCAAGGUCACCAAGGUUUAAGAAUAAGACCUCUAGAUGAAGCCUCUGCUCAAACUUUAGUUUCGGAGUUGCUUCCGAAUGUUAGCACUCAUGAAUGUACACAAGUUGCGCAAAUAUGUGGGUAUGUUCCGUUAGCCAUGAAAUUAAUGUGUUCUUUAAUAUCUGAGAAAGACGAUAUUAGUCAUCCUCGCCAUUUCCUAGAUGACUUCAUGACGUCCUCGACAGAAAGUGUCGUGAAAGUGUUAGACAAUCCCGGUUACCCAUCUAGUCACCGAUUACAGGUUUUGUUUGAGUCCUCUUUCCAAAUGCUAAAUGCGCAAGAACAGGAAGCAUUGAUCUGUUUGAGUAUUCUUCCUGAUAAUUUCAGUACAGAAGUCGCUGCAGCUGUUUUAGUCAAUACAGAGACUCUCGGAGCCACAAAGAUAUUAAGAAGCCUUCAAAGGAGGUCACUGAUUGAUUCAAGCUCUAAACCUGGGUCAUUCACAAUGCACAAGCUUUUGCAAUCAUUUUCGAGAGAUAAGGGAGAAAAAGAGAUGCCAGAGGCGAUGCUUAACUCAAAAGGUCGUUUGAAUGCUUUCUACCUUUCACUUUUUGAGAAGCUGAACGAACAAUUUCUCACUGGGCAUUCAAUGACAGCAUAUAUUGCAUUCUAUGAAAAUAAAAAGAGCAUCAUUCAAAGCUUAACUGAGAGCUGUUCAGAUACCAAAACAGCUGAAAAUGCUUUUGAUGUAUUAGCGGAAGGAGAACUGUUUCUUGACUCACUUUUUUGGAAGGAAGGAAACAACAUUGAUUACAUAUACGAAGCAGCCAUACAGUCAGCCACGCUGCAGGAGAACGAUAAAUUCCUUAGGCGGUUACUAACUUCCAAAGCUUUUAGUGAGGUCACUUGGGGACAAACCGGACACUCAAAACAGCUUCUGUCUAAGGUGAAAAAAAUUCAAGCUUCGUCUUCCUUUGUUUCCGACCACGAGAAAGGAAAAUACUUGUGCUAUCUGGGUAUCUAUCACCUUGCUGCACGUCUUUGAGUGUAACCUCAGGUCACGAAUUUCCUACGAGACAGUAGCGACUUGUCAACGUUGUUGGGUCUCGUUUAUUAAGACUUCGAACAAUAAAUGGUCUAUGAACAACAAAUGAUAGUUAGUGAUUUCGACUCUUCCAGUGCAAAUAAGUUCUAUAACGAGGCACACCAUCAAUGCAGCUCAAUGGGAGACUGGCAACUACUUAUCAUCCCCUCGACGACAAGCCAAACAAAGGAAACAACUAAUGAAGUACCUUCUAGCAUCUUGCUAAAUCAACCACUGAAAUGUGAAAUUGCCUGUCUAUUAAACGAAGCAACAAAAAUUUUUGCUGAUUCUAACACGAAACAAUGUUUAAACAGUUCGCUUCUCCAAAUAGUCGAGGAUGUCGAAAAAGAGGUUCAAAUUUCUCUUGGUUUACUCAUUUUUCAUAGAGUUGUGACGAACGCACUGUGGGUUUCAUGUAGUGGAGACCCUGUAAAACUGUAUGCUGCGAGAAUCAAUUACCAUCAAGCAGCACUCACGCAAGGAGGAGAAAGUUCCAGCGAAAAUUACAUCGUUGAGUGUCUUACUAGUAUACAAUAUGAAGCACUUGCAAAAUGUUUCUUAGACCUGGGUACAGCUUUCAUACGAAACAUGAACUAUCCGGAAGCUCUUCAGGCAAAUCAGCGAGCUCUUGACAUAACGAGACGGUUUUUGGGAGAGGAACAUGAAAGCACUGCUGACAGUUACAGGCAACUCGGUGUGUCACAAUACAACAUGCAUGAUUACAACUCAGCUCUUCAGUCUCACAAGCGUGCAUUGGCUAUCCGUAUUAAACUGUUUGGAGACAAACAUGAAAGCACUGCUGACUGCUAUGUAGAACUCGGUACAAUACAGCACAGCAUGAAAGACUUCGACUCAGCUUUUCAGUCUCAGCAGCGAGCAUUAGAUAUCCGCAUUAAGAACCUUGGAAAAGAACAUGAACGAACUGCUGAGAGCUAUAGGCAACUCGGAGUAACACAAAACAACCUACAUGAUAACAAGUCAGCUUUUCAGUCUUUCCAAAAUGCAUUAGCGAUCCGUAUUAAUCUCUUUGGAGUAGAACACGAAAAAACCGCUCAAAGCUACAGGGAACUCGGCUUAGUACAGCAUAAUCUGCGUGACUACAAAGCAGCUCUCCAGUCUCACCAUUGUGCAUUAACUAUCCGCAUUAAACUCUUUGGAGAAGAUCAUGAAAGUACUGCUGACAGCUUUAGACAACUCGGUGUAACACAAAACAACCUACAUGAUUACAAGUCCGCCUUGCAGUCUUUCAAGAAUGCAUUAGCUAUCCGUAUCAAACUAUUUGGAGAAGAUCACGAACAAACUGCUCAAAGCUACAUGGAACUCGGUUUAGUACAGCACAACAUGUGUGACUACAAGGCAGCCCUCCAGUCUCACCAUCGUGCAUUAACUAUCCGGAUCAAACUC